AUGGAAAAAAUGCCAUUGAUGAAAUCAGUUGUCUACGAAUCUCUCCGCAUUGAACCACCAGUUGCAUCACAAUAUGGUAGAGCAAAGAAACACAUAGUAAUCGAAUCCCACGACGCAUUAUUCGAGAUCAAAGAAGGUGAACUCCUUUAUGGUUUUCAACCAUUUGCUACUAAAGACCCCAAGAUAUUCGAUAGGGCUGAAGAAUUUGUCCCCGAUAGGUUCAUCGGGGAUUCAGAGGUAAAGCUACUAAAGCAUGUGCUAUGGUCAAACGGACCAGAAACAGAAAAUCCAUCAGCAAACAACAAGCAGUGUGCUGGAAAGGACUUUGUUGUACUGGUUUCAAGAUUGUUGUUGGUUGAAUUGUUUCUUCGAUAUGAUUCGUUUGAGAUUGAGGUUGGUCAAUCACCUUUAGGUGCUGCAAUUACCUUAACUUCUUUGAAAAGAGCUAGUUUUUGA